GUCUGUGCCGUGGCUGAGGAAGGGCACAUCCAGGACAGGGACGGUGUGAGUCCAAGGCUGCAGACACUUAUCCUUGGUGACAAAAUGGACUCUUUCAAAGGUCCAUGCCCUCAUAUGAGCGUCCCAGUUGAGAUGGACGAGAGCAUGACGGCCUCAAGUUUGGACUUAGCUUUCACUCAAUCCUGUAAAAAGUGCAGUGAAGAAAUGGAGAUGGCCAAAAGGCCGCAGGAGCACAGCAUUGGGGAUGAACAACAAGAUGUGAGGCAGUGGAGACCACCAGAGAGUCAGUAUCAGCCUCCACGCUCUAUUCCCCCUCCACAGUCAGGUCCGAUGAUCCAUCCUGUAGGUGCAUGGCUGCGUGGCCUCAGAGAGAAGGAGCUGCUGUAUGACCAGGACCUCAUGGUGAACCGCAGCAGAGGAUACCCACCCCCUCCAAACCAACCUCAGGUCCACUCUUUACAGGCAGAAAGCUUGGAGCCCCCUCUACCGCUCAUCUCUGACACUUACAGGGCCCAAUACGUCCCAUCAAGAUACCCUGCUGCACAUAUGCCUGGCCCAAAUCCAAUUCGGGGGAGGUGUGCGUGCUGCCCUCCAGCAAAUCUGCCCCAUCACAAUCAUAAUGAAUUCCAUUAUGAGCAAGGUUACCCGGCAGAUCCACGCCAGCAGCCUCGACACCACCAACCGUCAUGGAAUCCUCCUGAUAAUGUGCAGCCGUUUAGACACGCUGCACACACGCCUCGUGGGUCUCUACCUCAGUCUGCAGCUCCUCCUAGAGAGGUGGUGCAUGAGGUCAGUGUGGACCGCUCCGUUCAGCCUGGUCCAGUUUCUCCCACGAGGGAGAUCAGGAGGGUCGUCAGCCUACCUGAGGAGAGCAGAAACGUUUUCAUCACAUACUCAGUGGACAUCGCAGACGACAUGUUACCUUUCGUCAAAUUUCUGAUUGAUCAGGGGUUCAAACCUGCGAUCGAUAUCUUUGACGAUCCCAUCCAAAAAAUGGACAUCACCAAAUGGAUGGACAGAUUCCUGAACGACAAAUCGGUGCUCAUCAUCGUGGCCAUCAGCCCCAGGUACAAGGAGGACGUGGAGGGAAACAGGGGUGACGAGCACGGGCUGCACACAAAGUACAUUCACAACCAGAUCCAAAAUGAGUACAUCCGUCAGGGCUGCCUGAACUUCAGACUGGUACCUGUUCUGUUCCCAAAUGCAACCAAGCAACACGUCCCAAACUGGCUCCAGAGCACCCGGAUCUACCGCUGGCCCCGGGACACCACAGACCUGCUGCUGCGUCUGCUCAGAGAGGAGCGCUUCAUCAUCCCACAGCGGGGGGCCGACCUGACCCUCACUGUGCGUCCCCUCUGACACAAACACUACAGACUACAAGAAGUAUUGAUAAGGACAGUUUCGUAAGUGUUGUACUGUGUUUUUCACAAACUGAUUCACUAUUGAUCUGUGGAUUUAUAAUUUAGCUCAACAGUAUUGAUCUCAGCUAAGAACUGUUUCUUUUUCCUUUAUAAUCACUGUUAUGUUUCCCUUCAUAAAGCCUGUUAACCAGAAAAAAAGAUCUAAAGACAAACAUUAUGGGCCUGCUUCUUCAUUGCUGGUGUAUUUAUUGUGUUGUAAUUUUAGAGGCUUUAACUGAAACUGUGUGAGCCAUCUGACAAACUUUCACAGCAUCUAAGAGGAGACAUGGAGAGCUCUAAAUGCAGUAAAUGUUUGCUUUGCUGUUGUCCAGAUCUUUGUCUACAUGCUUUUUUGCUAUCUAAAAAUUUACCCCAAAAUACAGCAUUACUGUGGGGAUCAUUUCUGAUUAUUUUUGUUGAAAAUUCAUGAGGAAAAGAAAAGUGCACUAGUAGCCACCCAAACAUCCAAUACUUAUAUAUUACUGUGCUACAGCAGAUCGCAUAUUUAAGGCAAAAUAUCGACGAGAUAUGAACAUAUUCAACACCUCUAGUGUCUCGGAGCUUCUGCUGGUUUUGAGUAGGAGUUAUAGUAGAGCAGCACUUCUUAACUUUUUUUGGCCACAUGGUGGCAGCAUUCCACUGUAAACAAAAACAAUA